CAACUCCGGACCAGAAAGGGCGUCGGACCAAGCCACACAGUCGGGCUAAAAGGAAGUUAUUGGGGGAGCGGAUUUUUCUUCACUGCCGUAUAUGUCUCGUUUUCGUUAAACGAAGAGUAAGAUCAGCUGCGGAAUGGAAGUAAACAUUUCUAAGGAAAGUUUAAGCCCCUCUGCAGAUAAACAGACGCUGCUUCCUCUCCCUCUCUCCGCUCUGCGUCUCCUGAUACCCCCGCUGCGGCUGGCCUCGGCGGCGAUCUGGCAGACCGUCCAGCAGAAAGCUGUGGCUGACUAUGGCAUCCUGGAGGAAUUUGUGUCUAUGGUUACAGACGUCAUUCCAGAGCUGCUGACCAGACGCCAGAGAGCCCAGCUCACACUGGGCCUGAGAGCACGGCUGAUCCUUGAUUUAUGCCAGCGGGAAACGGCUCCUGACUGUGAGCUCGUCGAGCCCCACUUAGACAGGAUGGAAAUGCUCAUGAGGUCUUGGCUGGAGGAGGCCAGUGGUUCAAAUCCAGAAUUGUCCCAUUUGGACUUUGUGGAUCUUGUUAAGAAGUUGCUGGGAAGCCCUGAUGAGAGAGAGCACUUCUUUCAGAGGGUUUUUCAUGAAGAUUUUGGUGCAACAUAUGAUGAGACCAUUGAUGCCCUGAUGUGGCUGUUUUUGUCUAGACUUGAAAACAGCCUUCCCGUUCAAACCUUCCAUCAGGUUGCAUCCAUGUCCGCGGAGGUUUCCUCUGUCUUGGCGGAAUAUGUGCGGUCCUUGUCUCAGCAUGACGAGCUCAAAAUCCUUUUGCAGUAUCACAAAGAGCUUAGCCAACCAGAUCAAGAUGAUAUCUCUGUUGACGGCUCCUGCAUCCUCUCUGCCCUCAAACUUCCCUCUCUGGAAACCACCAGGGCAUCAGAAAGAGGAGCGGAUGUCAACGUUUUGGACUAUGUCCCAUCACGCCCAUCACCUGCGGAGGUUACGCCCCGGAUGAAACGCGACGCGGCCCCGGAGCGCGUGCCAGUCGAGUCAGCCAACCUGACCCACGAGCGAAACGGCGCGCAGCGUUCGGGGAAUCGAAAUCGCGCUGAAACGAAAGCGGACGACGCCUCCGGGGGUCAAGGGAAGGCGGUGGCCCGCGUUGCGAAGAAGCGUGACGUUGCAGGUAAAGAGCCGGACAAACCGGCGCCCGCCAACUCCCGACCUGUGAGGGCCAACAGGGGGCUGCUGAUGAAGAAGAUUCUUGAGGAGGAGAAGAGGGAGCUACGGGGUGAAGCCCAGCCGGCUGGAACCCCUGCCUCUAGAAAAACCACACAGUCCAGCAAGACUCCCGCGCCCGAGAAGCAAGCUUCCGCCAGCUCCGGCAAACUGCCUUCAGACAAUCCCCCCGUAGCCGCAUGCAGUGAGGAUGACUCCUGGUCCUACUACUCUGAAAACUCUCGCCAAGACGACUCUAGUCUCAGUAAUGCAGAUUCCUGGUCUUACUACUCCGACGGCGACUCUUCAUUCGAAGCAUCCUUAUUCAGUCCAGUCCCCGAAAGCGACUCCUUUUCUAGCUGCUCUAAUGCGGACGCCCCUGAAAAGGCAAUCGCUCCGUCGCAGAAUCCAAAGGGCUCCAACGCAAAGGCCAGCGCCCCGAAGAAGACUCCGAAUUUGUUCUGUUUUAUCUGCAAACAGCGGGUUAGCAAAAAGCUGCGAGCGCACAUAAAGAGCCACUUCCCUGACAAAGACUACGCCUGCCCUCAGUGCGGCAGCAGGUUCAAGCUCCUCACGUCGCUCGAGAGGCACCUGAAAAAGACGUGCUUCGAGUUCCUCCUGAAGAACGUGGACCCCGAUGGGCCGGAGGACACCCAGAGCCUCUCCCGGUGCGACAAGUGCGGCGACGCCUUUCAGUACAAGGUCUCCCUGCAGAAGCACCUGCUGACGCACCACGAGCUGUACUGCAGCGCGUGCCGGACGGUGCUGCGAGACGCCGAGACGCUGGCCCGGCACAAGGCGGCGCACACGCCUUUCCAGUGCACCCGCUGCGACCAGACCUUCACCGUCUUCAAGCACCUGGUCACGCAUUACGAGAACGCGCACCGGGUCGGCAGGCCCUUCAAGUGCAACCACUGUCCGAAGGUCUCGCCGAAGCUCAAGGCCCUGAUCAGCCACGAGUGGCAGCACACGGGCCGCCUGCCCUUCCAGUGCGCGCAGUGCAACUUGAGGUUCAAGUCCUUCUCGUAUCUCAUGUCCCACGAGAAGGUCCACAAGGGCGACAAACCCUGCCUGUGCUCCGAGUGCGGCAAGACCUUCGCCCACAGGUCCAACCUGUACCGCCACCACAGGCUCAUCCACGGCGCGUCUAGAAACGAGAAGAGCUACUCCUGCUCCCAGUGCGAGAAGGCCUUCAAGGAAAAGGCCGCCCUGGUCAAGCACCAGAGGACCAAGCACCUGCAGCAGCUCUACCGCCGGCAGUGCCCCUUCUGCGGGAAGAUGGUCGCUUCGUCAACCCUGGCGAGGCACAAGGUGAUGCACACGGGGCAGAGCCCCUUCAAGUGCGUCGCCCACGAGUGCGGCCGCGGCUUCAGGACGGCGUCGGAGCUGAAGAGGCACGUCCUCCUGCACCACACCACCGAGCGGCCUCACAAAUGCGACGUCUGCGGGAAGGGCUUCGUGCGACUCUGCGAUCUCAACGCGCAUGCCAAGAUCCACUCGAAGGAGCGACCGUUCGUUUGCCAAAUCUGCGGGAAGGCUUUCCUCAAGGCCUACAGCAUGUUUAGACAUAGAAGGCUCCUGCACCCAUCUAUGGCGGAUUAGGGCGCCCAGUUGGGGUACCCGGGCGGCAGGAGCGGCAGCAGUUUUGGAGACGACCGUUUUUAUGUUCGUACGGGUCUCUGCGGCAGCUAAUGCUGGACCGAUGACGGCUAGCGUUUGUUGUGCCAAGCGGUGCUGGAACUGUGGGACAUCUCGUGAGGGUUGGGGAGGAACUGACGUGGCACUCUGGGAUUAUUGCUUUACAGUUCAUUAUGAUUCAUUCCCACCAUCUUUACUCAGAAAUAAAAUUGAGGAUUUUACAUUUCACCAUAUAGAUAACUGUAUUCUUUUAGCAGUUAUUUAUCGAGUUUAGAUAAACAUUUCAUUUCAUUUGGAGAACAGUGGAUUCCCUUGAACAUGGAACUUCUCCUCAUUCCUUGUUGAAUUGUCCAAUAAAAGAAACAUUUCUUAAAUCUAUAGAAAAAUAACUGAAACAAUGUGCCUCUGGUGCACCAGUUUCCUCACCGGGGGACAAACGGAGAACUGUGGCUGUUUUUUAUUCUGUUUUUCUUUUAUGACAUUGAACUGUCUUGUCUAGCUUCUUCGUUUUACCCUCUGAACACCAAGGAAGAAAAUAAAGUGAGAUAACAAAACUAA